AUGGACUCAGACCGUUGUGAAGAUACUUCAAGUAUUCUUGGCUACGGGCUAGACGUUAAACCAAUAAGAAUAGUCGCAAGCCCUCAUACGGGGCCAAGGCAUACUAUAGAUAACAUUCUGGGACUUGUGAGAAAAGAUGGUGAUGUGUUAGAAAGAUCACAAACUCCUGGAAACGGUGAAAGUGCUGGCGAAGGGAGCUGCAAUUCCAAUGACGGUGUCAGCGAUCUCCGCUACGGAAAGAUGGGAUCGGCAACAACGGGAAGCGGUUCAGAAGAUGAGGGAGCAACAAAUACGUCCGGGCACUCAGAAAACGAUAAUUGCAAGAAAAAACACCGAAGAAACCGAACAACAUUCACAACAUAUCAACUACACGAAUUGGAAAGAGCUUUCGAAAAAAGCCAUUAUCCAGAUGUUUACAGUAGAGAAGAAUUAGCUAUGAAAGUUAAUUUACCCGAAGUACGAGUACAGGUUUGGUUUCAAAACCGACGAGCGAAAUGGAGACGACAAGAGAAAAUGGAAGCAGCUCGACUAGGUCUAAGUGAAUACCAUGCUGCGACUCUCUCGAGGGCAGCUGGCUCGAGUCUAACUUUACCGAUGGAUCCAUGGUUGUCACCACCACUUCUAUCCGCUUUACCUGGAUUCCUCAGUCAUCCUCAAACGGGUUAUCCCAGUUACCUCACUUCUCCAAUAGCUACUGACCCUGGAAGACCUCCCAUGGCGCAUUCACAUUCUCAUUCACCUAACAAUACUCCUCCUGACCUUAGAACUACUUCUAUCGCUGCUUUGCGACUUAAAGCUAAAGAACAUGUUGAAAAUAUUACUAAAGGUUUGCAAAUGGUUUAAGUGAGUGUGUUAUAUUUAGCUACAAAUGACUGCGCCAAUUUGUGUGACCACGAAUUUUAAUUUUACCUUAAGCAUGGCGUACAUAUACAGCUCUAGUAAUUUCAAACAACAGUUUUAUCUGUAAAAGAAUCGUGUUUGAUAUUCGUCUUGAGAGCUGUCAUUUUAUCCUGUCUAUUUUCAUGGAGUAGAACUGAAACAGUAAAUUUUUGUUGUAUGUAAAUAACCUUGUAUAUUACAAUGUAGUUAUUAUAUCGUUGUUGGAUUUUUUGAUGAGGAUUCAUGUUAUCACUUGUAGUAAACCUCAUUUGAUAAUAGCUUCUUAAAUAUGAUUAUUUUAUGUGAAGCAAUUUAACAUAUUUUUUAAAACGACUACUGAAACUUUCGACUCAUUUUUCUUCAUAUGGGAAUCACCUUCAUCGGAAAAUCACUUUUUGUACAACUGCUAUUGAAAGUGACACUUUGAAGAACAGUCAACAGUGUUAAAAGUGAAUGUUUACUUGAAAGAAUGUGAUGUUUGUCUGUAUGUCCUUUAUAGAAACUUAAACUAUGCGUUUAAUUAUAUGAUCUUAGACUGUUGUGACUGAGCCAACGAAGAAUUUUGUAUAUUUCACGGCAAGUAUGAAAUUAAUUGGUAUUAAAGUAUGAAAUUCUUCCCAUUAUUAAACUAGUUUCAGUUAUUUUCAAUCCAAUUCAAUUUUUACCAAAUGAUUUCGGCAAUCACCCGUAAAUUCCCAUUGAUUAUUAUUUCAAAACACCUGGUUCAACUAGUUCGCUACCACUAUCAAAAAAACAACGCGAGUCAGAAUCGACGGGAUUUACUCGGGGAUAUUCAGAAUGUCCGCAGGAGUUAAACAGGGUUGUAUUCUUUCACCUACCUUAUUUAACGAUUAUGGAGAAUACGUGUGGCAAGACGGAAUAUCAGUUGGCGUCAACCAUACCAGCAAUAACAGAAAUUAUCACCACAAACAUCAGAAAUUGCAGGCUACGAAGUAUCUUGGAUCCUUAAUUAACAAUGGGAAAUGCGAAAGCAAAAUACACCGUCGUCUGAUUAUAACAAGGUCAGCGACUACCAAGUUAAAUAAAAUAUGGAAAAACAAAUCUGUCACGAAAACAACGAAACUCCGUCUAGUUGAUGCUCUUAUCUUCCCCAUUGCAGCGUACGCAUGGACUUUAAAAAAAGCAGAUAAAAGCCGAAUAGAAGCUUUCAAACUGUAGGUUUAUAGACUACUCUUACUGGUAUCAUGAACGCCGAACCAACGUAUCCGUAUUACAAGAAAUUGGUCCACGUACAAGAGUGCUAACCAGAAUAAACCGCAUAUAUCCGCAAUCAUAUAGCUAGAAGAUCAGGAACAAAGGAACGAUUGAUCAUAAGAGGGAGAGUAGAACGCAAACGCCCAAGAGGAAGAUCUCUAACUAGACCAAAUAAAACCAUUAAUAAAUAUGAGACUGCAUGAUGCCGAAAAGAUUGCACAGGAUAGGCAAGCAUGGAAACAACUUCUGAAUCAAAUAUAAAUAGUUUCACUUUAUGGUUUGGAGGAUAAUGGAAAGAAGAGAGAGAUUAUCUGAAUGCCUCAUUUCAAUACAGACAAUUUAUAACUUUCAAUUCAAAUUUAAGAUUUUCAACAUCGAUGAACUACUUUUCGAACGUAUCAAUACUGCUAGCAAACAAGCGCUGGAUCUUCGAAAACAGUGACCUGUACUUUGUUUUUUUGCUCUGGCAGUUUGAGAAAUUCUGCAGCAAUGAAGGUUAUUUGAUCAAAUGUAAUUAUACCAACUGGAUUGGUAAUGCACAGUUACAUCAGUUACAUCAUCACAACAAGGGCACUCAAAUUGAUCAUUGAAAAUUAGCCCCACAAAGUUGAUGAGCUCCAUAUUUUUGAUUUUUCUUGUGUUUAUGCUAAGAAAACAGGUUAACUUUGACAUUUUCCAGGCCGGGAAAUUGGUAUACAUAAUUUAUUACUGAUGAGCUGAUUUUCAGAAACAACCAAAUUAUCACUUUUAUUGAUUAUACCAUCGACAAACAUAUUGAGCAGUCACAAACCGAAGACAAACAUAGGACAAAAACGCUAAAAGAAAUCGUUGUAAACGAGCAUUUCUUAGUAAUUUUAGCGUUGGCAAUGUUCGCCAUUCACUACAACCUCUUGAUUAUUUGAUUAUUAGAAUUCAUUUGGCGGUUUUAUGUCAUAAAAUUUCACCUAUUUUGUUAUUAAAAUAGGGCAGUCGUGCAAAAAAUUUUGUAUGAUAAUCUCAUUUUUUUCGUGUGCAAUUCGCUCCGCUCGUUUCACAAACUUAUUCACUCAAGAAAUAAAAAUUUACUUUUAACACUCAUAUAAUAAGUAAUUGAUUUAUGACAUUAUAUGAAAUUUCCGAAAAUUUAUUUGUUUGUUAUAAUAAACAUUGAAUAAUAAUAAAUAUAAAUAUGUUAAAUUGUUACUAAUCUUUGACCGAAUAUUUGAAAUGAUUUCAAAAAUUCAACUCAACUCUUCUGUUGUCAAUAAUUUUUAUCAAGAUAACAUUGAUGGAAAAUAACAUGUUAUUUGAUAGAUAAAUUUGUAUUGAUUGUUCUUUUUCUAUAACGAAUUUUUUGGUGGAAAUUUUUAUUAAUACUGAAUAAGUGCAUUUUUAUGUUUGAUUCACUAGAGCCUAGGUCACGAAAAUCAAGACAGAAUCUAUUUUCCCUUCAUCCCUAGCUGAAAAGCUGAUGAAUUCAACGCGCAAUCAAUAUAAAACUAUUUUGACUGAAUGUACGAGGUCUGGCUAUAAAAUAAUGAGACUGCGCAAGUAUUGCUUUGGGUAUCUAGAUAUCUUGUCUAUGCACGUCACAAAACACGUUUCCGUCACUAUUAUAAUAUUUGUGCAGUUGCGGUUUGAAACGAACGUUUUUCUUUCUCGUUAAAUUAAAAAAAACUUCGACUGAGUGCUAUAAAUUGUUGCAAGAUGCUUAUGAUGACAAUCUCGUGCGCGUGUUUUGAGUGGUGUAAGCGUUUUAGUGAGGUAAAGAUGACCAGCACCCAGAUCGCCCUGUGACUAUUUCAACUCCGGAAACAGUGACCAAAAUCAACCAAAUUGUGCGUGCAGAUCGUUGAUUGAGCAUCAGGAUAAUUGCCAAGGCUGUAAACGCCGAUAAAGAAACGGUUAGAAAAAUUUUACACGAGCAAUUACACAUGACAAAAGUCUGUGCGAAUUUGGAGCCAAAAAAUCUGACUUCUGACCAAAAGCUCUUGCGUCAACGGGUCUGCUCAGGUUAUAAAAAGAUCUGCUUUGAAAGGGACCCGAUUUGAGUCGAUGGAAGCGGUAAAGCAAAGAGGAUGAUAAAAUCCUUUUUCGUAAUCAGUCUGGUUAUUCAAUAGCCAGUCCUCGUAUUAUUUAUUAUUUUUAUAGUAGAUAUAUCGUAAUCAAGCCAAUAAAACAACUUGGUUUGAAAACUUUCAUACGAUUUGAAUCAAUAUUAUUUAUAUUACAUUGAAAGUAUUAUUAGAUAUGGGUAAACUUUUCUAUUUGAUCUCAGAUAUUCAUACAGGGUUUUCCGAAAGUAAUUGUUCUAACUGAAUUGGAAGAUUCGUUGUUUCAUUAUAUAUGAUGCAAUUUGCUUGAAGAAAUUUUGAUAUUAAACAAGAUAAUGAAUGUGAGAAAUAUUCAUUCAAAUUUGUAAAUUGACGAUAUAGUAAAUGUUUAUGAAUAAGAGAGUAAUAAAACGAUGAAAUGUUCGUGCUAAACAUACAUGGCAUAAAUAUAUUGUACACUUACACUUACAAAUGUUUAGAUUUGCCCAAUCCAAACCUUUUUCUAUUUUUCUGUACAGCUUAUGGUUACAAAAUAUCAAUAAAUAACCGAAAACUUAUAUUUGCACUUAUUUUGAAUACGAUUUGUCUGAUAAUCUUCCGAUUCUAUUUGGUCUAUUACUUACAAACUACCCUAUAUAUAGUGAUUUCAUAAACGUGUAAAUAGUGAUAUUAAAUCCUUUUUAUUAUCGAAGUAUUUCGAAUCCCUAUUUAUUGUACUUUCUUUAUUUAGU